UGGGGUGCCUGGAGGCUUCUGCUUCUGGAAGCUUGGAUUGACAGCCUGGCUUGCAGUCUCUUUAGUCGUGAAAUAAAAGCUGAGCCCAGGUCCAUCUUCUCAUUUCCCCAAGUUUCCAAGCAUGUUGGAAAUGGAAAAAGUCAAAAAGACCCCCAAGAAACAGCCACCCUCAGAAACAGUUGGGCAGGAGCUCUGUGUGCAUGCCACCUCCCCUGUGACUAGACCUAAGAGCCCAGCUGCUACCCCAGCUUGUCCCCGUUCUGACAGCAACACCAAAGCUACCAACACUCCCUGUCGGAUGGGUCAGGCUGCUGGGGAGGGCCUGCUGGAUACUGGGGUCAAACUUGAGCUUGUGGACCUAGAGGAAAAGGCUGAUGGUUGCCACGGGAGGAAAAUUAGACCCUUUGGCUCUCAAAAGAAGCAAGAAAAGGACUUAACCCUGCAGAGGAGCAGCCCCUACCCCCUGCCUAGGGAGCUAGUGGUCUCUUUGCCUGACCUGAACCAAAUUUCCUUGGAGAAACAGGCAGACAGUGCCCUUGACUUGCAUGCCCACAGCAGGAAGAGAAAAUCCCACUCUCUGAGCAGGCCUGUCACCUUCCAUACAAAGUGUCCAAACAGCCCUGGGCAGAGUAAGCUGAAAGGAGACUCCGGAACCCACGGCCACAGACUGGUGCCUAGGCAGGAACACCCUGUGCGACCUGAGAGGAGAACAGCAUCCAGGCGCAAGGCAUGUGGGAGUAGAGGAGGAGAGGAGGCAGGAAAGAUGACCACUGGCCCUGCCCCAUCUACCUCAGCUCAGGGCCAGCCCAGUCCCCAGGCCCCCCAGGUGGUUAGAAGGGACAGAUUGGACAGGUUAGAGGUGAGCCAGUGCAGGGAGCAAGAGGAGACGAGGCGAGCUGACACUCUCACGAACCAUCUAGUUGCAGACCUACAGCACCUGAAGAAAUGGAAGAAAAAGCACUUGCUUCCUGGCAGGAAGGAGAAGGCAGGGGCGGAGCUGAGCCUCCAGGAGUCUCCCUGCGUGGAGAAGCGCAUCCGAGCUGUAAAAGCAGGGACCCAUGGCUUAGAUUCUACUCCACCUUCCCCGGGCCCUCUGCACACCAUGGAUCCCAAGCCCAACCUAGACAUCAGACAGUUCUUCACUGUCGAUCUGAAGAAAGCCUGCCGUAUCCUCUGUAUCCUGUGUCACUCUGGUGUCAGAAGGGGUAAAACCAUGGGGUGGUCCCGAGUCUCGGGCCUCAUCCGCCACUUGGCCAGUAAGCAUGGACUGGAGUGGGAAAGAAGGCCAGCCACAGGGGUGAGUGGGGCAGAGCAGGCCCAGCUGAUGGCCUUGCCCACUGGGACCACCGUAUUUGUUCCAAGGAGGCACUUGGACAUUGUAUCUUCAGAAGGCAGUGACAGGGAACCCGCGGUGGGUGGCGAUGAGCGGCUGCUCCCACUCCCGGCCCCCUCACACCUGCCUGCUUCCUUUGAAGCUGUCAGAGACAACCAGAGCGGCUCACAUGCUUCCAGUCGGCCGUGCACACCAGCCUGGAACCACAGCAUCACGGAGCUGCUCUGUAGCCUGGCCCUGCCGUUCUCCUUUGUUUCCUCCCAGCCCUUCAAGAGGUUCCUGUCCCAGGUGGACCCGAGCUACCGCCUGCCCUCGCCAGGCUUCUUCUCCGACAAGGCCCUACCCCUGCUCCAUGAAGCCAUGCGAGAGCAGGUGUUGCAGGAGAUGCAGUGGGCUGAGGGCGGCCAUGUUCACUUCACCUCCUUCAUGUCAGCCCAGGACUCAGCGGUCACCUACGUGGCCAUCACUGCCCACUGGGUGUCGGCCUGGUCCCCCAGCAGGCCUGUAACACCGGGGGGCAUGAGGAAGCAAGCUGUGCUGUGGGUCCGAGGCCUGCCCGGGGAACCAGUCGGUGAGGACCGGCAGCGGGAGCUGCUGGAGCAGAUCAGCCUGUGGCUGGGCCGAGCCUCCUUGAAGGCUGGUUUUCUUGUGUCAGGUGGCUGGCCCAGCCUGGAGCAGAUGGUGAGAACCGAAGGUUUUGUCCACAUACCUUGUUUCGCCCACUGCCUUGACUCCCUGGUGAACAACUUUCUGUGUCACCAUAAUAGUGUCCAGAUCAUCCUGGGAACAGCCAGGGCCAUCUUCAGCCAUUUCCAAGGCUCCCCAGAGGCUCGGCGGCUCCUUGGCCAACUCCAGCAACAAUUUAGCCUCCCACUGCAGCAGCAGCCCUUUGAGGAGCUGUCAGACCACUGGGUCUCGGCGUACCGCUUGAUGGAGUGGAUCACAGAGCAGAAGCAGGCCCUGCAGGCGUAUGCAGAGAAGCAGCAGUCAGGCAAAGCCAGCACCACCCUGUCUACUAUGUUUUGGAGCCUGACAGACAGUCUUGUUAAGCUCUUGCAGCCCUUCCAGAUGGUGUUACGUGAGGCCAGCACAGCGCAGGCUUCCCUAAGCCAGGUGCUGCCCCAGCUGCGCUAUCUCCACAUCUUCCUGGAGCAGGUCCACAGACACUUCACGGAGCAGAGCGGCGGGGAGGCGGCUAUGGCCCUGCGGCUAGCCGAGGGCCUGGCCCUGCAGCUCUCCACACAUGCUCAGCUCAACGAGCUCUUCCAUCGGGAGGAGUUUGUGCUGGCCACCUUGCUGGACCCCCGCUUCAAGGGCAAGGUCGAGGCCAUCCUGCCCGCGGGGGCUGACAUCGACCACUGGAAGCAGGUCCUCGUGUACAAGGUGAAGGAGCUCAUGGUAUCGGAGGGUCCCUUGCCUGCCUUGGGCAGACUGAAGGGUCCCAAGGGCUUACGUGUGGGCAAGGUAGCCCGGAGCCUUGGGGUGAAAGGGAGAGGCCACAGAGAGCCCGUGCAGGGUGUUGGCGACUCCAGCUCUUUCCUGCUGGUGCAGAGGGAGAAGAGCCUGCUGGAGCAGCUGGAAAGCGUGGGGCUGUUGGCUUCUGAGAGGAACGGGGCCUCCCUCUCCACCGAGAACCACCUGGCUAGUGUCAUCGUCAGGAAGUACCUGCGGGAGAACCAGACCAUCGGGGCCCAGCAGGACCCGCUGGCCUACUGGGAGAAGAAGUGUGAGACCUGGCCGGCCCUGGCGCACCUGGCCACCCUCUACCUGUCCUGCCCACCCACAAGGGCCUUCUCUGAAAGGGUGCUGGCCUCCCUGAGCAGCCCCACAGUCUCAGAACCAAACCCACCUCUCAGGGUGGAGACCAUCGAGCACCUCCUCUUCCUGAAGACCAACCUGGAAAGCUUCCCCCACUACACUCCACCGCCCCUCACCUCCAGUCCUGGCCUUGCCGACGGGGAGCAGACCCUGUAGCCUAACUGCCUGGCCUCGUGGGCACUCAGACGUACACAUAAAUACCUCAGAGCUUACAGGGGCACCCAGUCUGCUGCCCUCAGAACCUUCCAGCCCCUCAGCAGAUGGGGGAGAGGAGCUGGGAGCUGUGUCCUGAUCAUUAGUCUCCCACCUGUUUGGUGAGAAUGAUUCUUGAUAGAUCACUACCCUCAUUUUUGAGUGAAGUCAUUUUCCAUUCCCUCUGGUAGAUCCAUUUGUAUCUAUCGGCAUGCAGUGAGUUCAAGCAUGUAGUUUUAUCAGGCACAGCACUUUGUUGGAAUAUCCUGGGCAUUCAGGGCCUUGAAUACCAUUUGCCAGGUGGACACAUGGCUGCAGGCCUUCCCAGAAUGCAGCCAGGGGCAGAGAAGCCAUGCUGUUGGAGGGGCCUUGACUUAGUCCCUGAGAGCGUGCAUGGGCUUCUGCAGAAACCCUGGGUCCAGUAGCCAUCUUGGGAGGGAUGUGUGCACAUGAAGUCUUGGGAAUGCUAGUGUGGCCAGGAGCAAUCCUGAUGAAUGAAACUGACUAGCGAGCCCAUCUUAACCACUGGGUGGCUGAGUCUUCUACUGCCAGUAACUCCCCCACCCCGCGCCCCUUCCCGGCUACUUUUGUAGGGCAGGUCCCUUAUUUGGAAUAGAAGUGUGUAGUGCCUACUGGGACAAAUUGCCCAGAAUUCCUGUAGGAUUGUUUUCAAGACCUGAAUGUGAAUGCUGGGAUUCAGGAAGGAGUGGGGCUGGACAGAAGGGAAUGCAGGGGCCAGGAGUAUUGGGGGCAGCCCUGAGGAUGCCUGGUCCCUGAGCCCGGUGGCAGCUAGCGUGGACUGGGAGAUGGAGCGUGCAUACUUGAAGCGAACAAGCCGUCCUCUCCCCGGACUGGCACCUCUGACCUGCUGUGUAUUUCUACUAUGGUAGUAAAAAACUGGAUGAAAGUACAAGGAAGAAGGACAGAGUAACUGAUGCUGUCAGAGACGGUCUCUCAGUGCAUUGACAUUGGUCCUGAAGAUCAUUAUUUAGUAGGCAGUCUUAACAAUAAACAGUGGCAUUUUGUAAACAA